AAAAGAGGUGAGUUGAUUUUUUCAGAAAGUUCGAGGGGCACAUUAUUUCUUUAAUUUUUUUAAAAUUCGUUAAAACAAGAAACAGGCACUGGCUGCAAGACUUUUUGGUUGGUCUAGAGAGCUCUGAAACUGCAAAAGUUGGGAAUUUUGAAGGGGCUAUCACCACACCAUUACCGGACGUUUUGGUCUUUCUUGAAGCGAAUAGCAUAAGCUUCUGUUCUCCAAUCUUCACCUGACCCUGAGCUAAUAAUACACGAGAGAUCAGAUGUCAGUUACACUGCAUACCAAUCUUGGUGAUAUCAAGUGCGAAAUCGCUUGUGACGAGGUUCCUAAAACGGCCGAGAAUUUCUUGGCACUAUGUGCUAGUGGUUAUUACGACGGAACCAUAUUUCACCGAAAUAUUAAAGGUUUCAUGAUUCAAGGUGGAGACCCAACAGGUACAGGCAAAGGUGGGACCAGUAUAUGGGGCAAGAAGUUCAAUGAUGAGAUCAGAGAGUCUCUUAAGCAUAACGCAAGAGGUAUACUAGCAAUGGCGAACAGUGGUCCUAAUACUAAUGGAAGCCAGUUUUUUAUAACUUACGCAAAGCAACCGCAUCUCAAUGGAUUGUACACUAUAUUUGGCAAAGUAAUUCAUGGCUUUGAAGUCCUGGAUAUCAUGGAGAAGACUCAAACAGGAGCUGGCGAUCGACCUCUUGCAGAAAUAAGGAUCAAUAGAGUAACAAUACAUGCCAAUCCACUUGCUGGAUAGUUGCGAGUUGGAGAUGCUCUAUGGUAAGGAUGAAUGGAGGCUAAUCUAAUUAUCGCCUAGCUGGAUUCUGGAGUGUCUGGUUGGAUGAUGUUGGCAUUGGCAUGUUUUUGAACAUUAAUGUAGUACUAACAGAAAGGGAGACUGCUGAUGUUACCUGUAGUUCAAUGCACAGCAACAUUUUGUUUAACUCCGUGAAUGUAACAUUUGAAGAUAGGUGUCUUGCUUUAGGGAAAGUACAAAUAAGACACUGUGAUUAAGUGAGUUUUCGUUAACGAGGCUAUGCUUUUUUUCUUAACA